AUGCAUGUAGAAAAGAACGUAGUUGAUGCUGCGAUUGGAACUAUUUUGGAUAUUUCUAGCAAAACAAAAGAUCAUGCAAAGGGUCGUUAUGAUUUGAAAGAGAUGAAAAUUAGGAAGAGCCUUCAUCCAAAAGAUACCACGGAUGGCAAGAGAAUCAAGAUUGCAAAAGCAUGUUUUUCAAUGACUAAUGGCGAAAAAUCAAUUUUUUGUAGAGUUUUAAAGAAAGCAAAACUACCUGAUGAAAGUACCUCCAACAUAUCUAGGUGUGUGCAACUAGAUGAAAGAAAAUUAUCUGGCUAUAAGACUCAUGAUGCUCAUUUCAUGUUACAUUACUUGCUGCCAAUACCAAUUAAAAACAUCCUUCCUGAUCAUGUUGCUAUUGCUUUGAUUCGUUUGAGUUCCUUCUUUCGUCGUUUAUGUCAAAAAGUUAUCACAGUGGAGGAAAUAGAUUGCUUAGAAGCUAAGAUCAUAGAAACAAUAAAUCGGUUAGAGAAAAUUUUUCCUCCUACAUUUUUUGAUAUAAUGAUUCAUUUGCCUAUUCAUUUGGCUAAUGAGGUAAGAUUAGGAGGUCCAGUUCAAAAUCAAUGGAUGUAUCUCUCGGAAAGAGAUAUGUGUACGUUUAAAUCAUAUGUCCGCAAUAAAAAUUAUCCAGAAGGAUCUAUAACAGAGGCAUAUCUGGUUGAAGAGUGUUUAACUUUAUGCUCUAGAUAUUUACAUACGGGCAUACGUACCAGAUUUAAUAAAAGACCUCAAAAUGAUAAUGAGUAUGGCUCAGGUGAUGCACCUUCUUUCAGUUUGUUCCCUUGCAAAGAUUGUCCUUUAGGAGCAAAGAAAAAUGCAGCUAUUAUUUUAGAUAAAAAAGAGCAUGAACUUGAGGUUAAUGGACAACCACGAAGAUUGAAAUGGAGCAAGGCUAAGAAUCAUAGUCAAAACUUCUCUAAAUGGUUUGAAACUCGUGCUUUGCAAGAUGAUGUGCCUGAUUUGAUAAAAGAAUUUUCUAGAGGACCCAAUGCAGUUGCUAAAAGAUAUUCUGGGUAUCUCAUUAAUGGAUAUAGAUUCCAUAUUAGGCAGUGUAAUGCAAGGCGUAAAACACAAAAUAGUGGUGUUACGUUAGUUGCCUCAACCACAAGCUUUGCAAGCUCAAAGGAUAAAAAUCCAGUUCAUGCAGAUUUGACUUAUUAUGGUAGGAUAGUUGAUAUACUGGAGUUAGACUAUUAUGGACAUUUUAAGGUUGUUUUAUUCAAGUGUGACUGGUAUGAGGUUGAAAAAGAUACCUAUAGCCUUACUUACGUUUACUUCAACAAAAAGUGCUCUUUGAAAGAACCUUUUGUGCUAGCAUCUCAAGUACACCAAUGCUUCUAUGUGCAAGAUCAAUAUGAUCAAGAUAGACAUUAUGUUAUGAAAACUGUUCCGAGAGAUCUGUUUAACGUUAGUGACCAUGUUGAGUCUACUACCUCAGAAAGUUUUGAAAAUGAGCCUUCUGAACAGUUUAUGAGCCCAUCUAUACCGAAUGAUAAUGGUGAAGUUGUCUUAAUAAGAAAUGAUGUUCCAGAAACAAUUAUUGAUGUGGAUGCCGAAGGGUUUCUUGCUGAACAACAUGAAGUUGAGCAUGACAGUGAGUCUGAAGAUGUGUAUGAAGAAGAGUAUGAAGAGGAAUUUGCAGAUGAUUCUGAAGAAGAGCCUGGAGACUAUGUUGAUGUUGAGGAUGAACCAUGA